GAGGUUCAAAUUCGUCAUCCAUCUAUCUACACGUACUCUCUGAUCAUUCCUUGGAGGACAGUCUUCUACUACUAUUGCUAGCUUCCGGCGUUGCCAUUAACAAUGGAGGGAGCAGCCGGGAAACUUCUGUUUGCCGAUGGAAUUCAAAAUUUCAGCUGUCAAAGAGUAUCAAGAUGCUACAUUCAGAUUCCAUGUCUUCAGCUGGGGUCCCUAGCUUUAGCCAAGAACUCGAGUUCUUCACUUGAUCCCACACUGACUCGGAUCGCAAGCAAGCAAAGGGAGUCAGUGAAGGUGUAUGCAAGGAGGAGGAGAUCAAAUAUAAAGACAGGCACUUAUUUGCUACUGGAGCCUGGAAAGAAUGAGGAGUUUGUUUCCGAGGAAGAAUUGAGGGAUAGGUUGAAGGGUUGGCUCGACAAUUGGCCGGGCCAGGCCCUGCCCCCUGACCUUGCGAAGUUCGAGAACACUGAUGAUGCUGUUACGCAUCUUGUGAAAUAUGUUUGUGAGCUUGAAAUCGAUGGAGAUGUUGGCUCGAUCCAGUGGUUUGAAGUCCGCUUGGAGUGACGGAAAACAAUCAAUUAGUACUUCUUGAGUUUGAAUCUGUACAUGAAAAUUGAGUUCCGGCCCUUGAGAUGUUGUCUCAAUUUGCUUUUGAAAUGGGUUAAGAUUGAUUUUCUCCGGUCCCUAAA